UGUGCAGUGUGCCGAGAGGAGUGUCCGCAACAGGUGCUGCCAUGUCCCAGCUGGUGGAGUGUGUCCCCAACUUCUCAGAGGGAAAUAACCAGGAGGUGAUCAGUGCCAUCUCCCAGGCCAUCUCCCAGACCCCGGGCUGUGUGCUGCUGGAUGUGGACGCUGGCCCCUCCACUAACCGCACCGUGUACACCUUUGUGGGACCGCCAGACUGUGUGGUGGAGGGGGCCCUCAGUGCUGCUCGGGUGGCCUCACGACUCAUUGACAUGAGCAGGCACCGAGGGGAGCACCCACGCAUGGGGACCCUGGACGUCUGCCCCUUCAUCCCAGUGCGGGGUGUCAGCAUGGAUGAAUGUGUACUCUGUGCCCAGGCGUUUGGCCAGCGGCUGGCAGAGGAGCUGAAUGUGCCAGUGUACCUCUAUGGAGAGGCGGCACGUACGGCUGGGCGCAGGACCCUGCCUGCCAUCCGGGCAGGGGAGUACGAGGCCCUCCCUGAGAAGCUCAAGCAGGCCGAGUGGGCACCUGACUUUGGUCCCAGCUCCUUUGUCCCCAGCUGGGGGGCCACCGUCACGGGGGCACGGAAGUUCCUCAUUGCAUUCAACAUCAACCUGCUUAGCACCAAGGAGCAGGCCCACCGCAUCGCCCUCAACCUGCGGGAGCAGGGGCGCGGGAAGGACCAGCCAGGACGUCUGAAGAAGGUACAGGCCAUUGGCUGGUACCUGGAUGAGAAGAAGCUGGCACAGGUGUCCACAAAUCUCUUGGACUUUGAGGUAACAGCGCUGCACACGGUCUAUGAGGAGACCUGCCGAGAAGCGCAGGAGCUAUGCCUUCCCGUCGUGGGCUCGCAGCUUGUGGGCCUAGUGCCUCUGAAGGCCUUGCUGGAUGCAGCCACUUUCUACUGCAACAGAGAGGACCUCUUUGUCCUGGAGGAGGAGCAUCGUCUCCGGCUGGUAGUGAAUCGUCUGGGCCUGGACUCCCUGUGCCCCUUCCACCCUGAGGAGCGUGUCAUCGAAUACCUGGUGCCCACCCAUGGGCCAGAGCGCAGCCUGGUGGACCAACCCCUGCGCACCUUCGUCCGAGAGGUGGGCGGGCGCUCGGCGGCCCCCGGGGGAGGCUCAGUGGCUGCUGCUGUAGCGGCGCUGGGUGCAGCGCUAGGCUCUAUGGUCGGCCUGAUGAGCUACGGGCGCCGCCAGUUCGAGCACCUGGACGCGGCCAUGCGGCGACUGAUCCCGCCCUUCCAUAAGGCCGUGGCCGACCUGACUGCACUGGUGGACGCCGAUGCUCAGGCCUUUGCUGCUUACCUGGAGGCCAUGAAGCUGCCCAAGAACACACCUGAGGAAAGGGACAGGCGUGCGACUGCCCUGCAGGAGGGACUGCGGCGGGCAGUCUCUGUGCCCCUGGCUCUCGCAGAGACAGUGGCCUCACUGUGGCCGGCACUGCAGGAACUGGCUCUGUGUGGGAACCUGGCCUGCCGGUCGGACCUACAGGUGGCAGCCAAAGCUUUGGAGAUGGGUGUGUUUGGUGCAUAUUUCAACGUGCUCAUUAACCUGAGGGAUAUCACCGAUGAUGCCUUUAAGGACCAGACCCUCCAGCGCAUUUCCAGUCUUCUUCAGGAGGCCCAGACCCAGGCCACGCUGGCACUGGACCACCUAGAGGCUCGGCGGCAGUGACAGCCCGGGGAAGCCUCGCCAGGCUCUGCAGUUCCACAUGCCAAUGGAUGGGGUACAGCGGGGGCUCAGAGGAUAGAUGAGGUGGCCAAAGGGUAGGGGUGGGCAGUGGGGCCUGUCCUGGGCCUGGUGGUGCUGUAGGGCUGGCAUCCCCUCGAUAUCACCUGCAGCCCGCAGUAAAGUCUCCACACAAACCUGCA